CGUACUGCGUGUUCCGAAUAUCCGGCCCAGGCAUGAACUAUCGGCUACACCGGCCAAUCCUCCUCUCGAAGUCUCGACGCGGCACGGCCUCAGAGCACGGCGCGCCGGCGCGGGACGACGCCAUGACGCCGCCCUCCAUCUUCCACCACCACCACCGCCUCCUCCCCCUCCCCUCCGCUUCCCCGACUCAAAUUCUAAACCCAUUCGCCGCCUCGUCCCGUCGCCUCAACCAUCAUCUCCCGAAACCCAAAGUCCUAUCCUUACCCCCGCGUCCAGUCUUCUCCUCCGCCUUCGCGGUCGCCGCCGUUGGCGAUGACGAGGAUGUUGUCGUCGGGGAUUGCCUCGUGUUCGAUGACGACGCUUUCGAGGAACAAGACCUGGACAUCCUCUCGUCCCCGCCGCCGCCGACUAGCGCCUCCCGCCAGGACUGGAGGGCGGAGGCCGGCGAGGGAGAGAGCCUGGUGCCGGAGAGAUGGAGGGAUGCCGAGGAGGAGAUCAACCUGACGAAGAAGGAGAAGCGCCGCAUCGCGCACGGGCUGCGAUUCGGGAGCCGCCUCGAGCGGCGGGCGCCCCCGGCCGUUGCCGCCCCUGAUGAAUUCCGCGCGUACCGCAAGGGGAUGCUGAGCGCGGAGCGUGAACAUGUUGCUCAUGUAUACCGGGGGCCGCUGGAGAGGGCUCUUCCGUCGGAGGUGGAGGAACCUCCACCCCCGGAGCCUGGGACGCGUGUGACUCCGAGGAAUCCGAGGAUGGGGAUGGAUGUUGGCAGCCUUGAGGACAUUGAUGAGUUUUUUAGAAGUCGGGAGUAUGUUCAGGAUGAGAUGGAGGACAGCAAGAGCCCCAAGGGCCGUCAUAAGUUGUUCUCAAAUGAGGAGAAGGUUCUUCUGAACAAGCGAGUGCCUAAUCUGGAAGCUGCUACUUCUAGUAAAUGGCUUCCGCUUCACACCCUUGCUGCAUCUGGUGAUUUCUAUCUAUUGGAUAGCCUUUUAAAACAUAAUGUGGACAUAAAUGCGGUUGAUAAGGAUGGCUUGCCUGCGAUUCACAAACCAAUUCUUUCAAAGAAGGCUGCUAUUAUCAACUAUCUUUUAAGGAACUCAGCAAAUCCAUUCAUCCAAGAUAAAGAUGGUGCAACUCUAAUGCAUUAUGCUGUCCAAACAGCAUGUAGUCAGACCAUAAAGACACUUUUACUGUACAAUGUUGACAUCAACCGUCCAGAUGAUUGUGGAUGGACACCUUUGCAUCUUGCUGUACAAACACAGAGGACUGACAUUGUGAAGCUACUUUUAAUAAAGGGCGCUGAUAGAACUCUUAAAACCCAAGAUGGAUUGACCCCGUUGGAGUUGUGCCUUCGAUUGGGUCAUGAUGUGCGGGCGUAUGAGCUUAUCAAACUACUUAAAAGCUUCCGAAGACAAAAGCAGCAUGAUUUAGUUUAGAACUGGAGGAUGUGAUCUUGGAGUCAUUGAGGUUCAUGACAGCUUGGCCUCUGGGAGGCCAGUUCUCAAUGUACCAUUUAUGGAAUUGCUCUGAUUCAAGAUAGGAAAUACUUUACCCUGGAUCUAGUUUAACCUGGAUCUGGAAGCAAUUGAGCAAACCAGGUUACAGUCAAGCCAUGAGAAUGGGAUGAACAAACCUUUCCCUAGGUUGCUGCUCUACAGUUAUUAGAGGUGAGGCAUAUGUUAUUAGAUUAGAAUUGCUCCCUUAUGCUUUUGGCCCGUUGAAUCUGUGUUUGGGAGGGCCCGUUGAUCCUAUCCCAGUCCAUUUGGCACGUGGAGUGGAGUGGGCUAGGAAUUUGAACUAAAUUUCUGGCCCACCAACACAAUGGGUCAGGAUGGCACCCUCCGAAACCGGCCGUUAGGUGAGCGGUUCCUUUUAUUGCAUAGAUAUGCAAUGAACCAGGAGUUGUACUUAUCUUCUUUCCAUAUUCCAUAUAAUUUGUUGUGAUGGAUUGUGAAACUCUACAGGAGUUGUACUUUUCCGGCUGUUAGCUUGGGGUUAUCACCCUGGCUUAUUAGCCAUGGUACAAUGUUUUUUUCUCGCAGCGAAAUCAGCGAAAUCAGCAAAUAGUACUUUUCAACGAGUGGUUUUUA